AUGGCGUCGCGCGUCGUCUUUGCCGUGUUCAGGAUUGCGUUGUGUUACGCCGUCAUCGAAGCCCGAGACCGCGCCGAAGCAGUAGAAAACCUGACUGGACCAAUACACGACUUAAUGGAGAAUGGAAUCGACGAAAACCCAUACAACACUGUUGACGACGAACAGACCAAAAGAAUUGAUAUAACAGAUGAGAGAUCAGGCAAAAUUCGGAAGACAGAUGAUAUAACGCAAGAAUUGGACGAUGUACUCCCGCUCAAAGAGUUGGACCAGCCCAUUAGCGUGGUAACGACAUCAACGUCUCCAAAGGGCAAACGCAGAGCGUGCGACCCGGCGCGCUGCGGGAAGCUGAAGGCAGCCAGAAGGGCAGAGGCCUCGCGCCAACGAGAACUGCUGCAGGCUUGGAACAACCAGCUGGUGGUGGUGCAGAAGAUCGUCGAGCACAUGGAAAACGUGGCGCGGCAGGGGAAGUCGGAGUUCGAUCAACUGCUAGAAGACAUGAAGACCAAAAGGACGACGCAGAAGUGGAAAACGGAAACGACGGCCACGACGUCGAUGCCACCGCCGACGCAGCUAACGCUCGUCGACGAGACGGAAGUGAGGAGAGCUCUGAAGAGGGACCCGCUCGUGAGGAGAAUAUUGGAGAUGGCGAGGAUGAAAAGGGAGGAAUUCUUUAGGGGGUUGAAGAAGAACAACAUUUCGCUGUCUCAGUUGACUUGGAAAUCUAUAAGCCAAAUUACACUCGAGAUGGCCUCCUUAACUCUGUCGUAUAGCCAACACGCCGUUCACGUGGCGCUGGGGACUUCCCCGUAUAAUCCGUUAUCCGGUUCCGUCACGGAGUUCCCUUCGUAUCUCCGGAGCCCAAGAUCCAAUACCAAUGAAAUUAAUACGGGACCACAUGGGAAGCACCAGCUUUCAAUUAAAAAAAGAAUCAUCAAAAUCGAUUCACUCAAUCGAAAGUUC